GCAGCUGCAGUUUCGCGAGAACCUGCCGACCCGGAUGUCCCGCUCGACGUCGCUCAGCCAUCCACCACUAAUGUCCUCCUCCUGGCCACCGAAAUAUGUUCAAUCGGAUAGAUGCGAGCAAGUCGACGAAAGGUGCGAGCAAAUUACGAAGGGACCUGAUAAACGCAGAAAUCGCGAAUCUACGUGAUCUUCUUCCACUUCCGCCUUCGACGCGACAGAGGCUUUCUCAGCUCCAGCUUAUGGCAUUAGUUUGUGUCUUUUUACGUAAAGCAAACUAUUUCCAGCAAGCCCUGAAAAGCAGUCCCGCUGAUUCUUCAAAUAUCCCGACACCUAAUAUAGGAUUUUCCAAAGCCAUGUCUGGGUUUAUUAUGAUGAUGACGCAGCAGGGCAAGCUACUGUACAUAUCUGAAAACGCUGCUGAAUAUCUUGGGCACUCUAUGGAGGACCUAUUGAUUCAUGGAGACAGCGUGUACGACGUGAUCGACAAACAAGAUCAUAUGACUGUGCAAAAUCAACUCGCUCGAAACAGUCCAACGGCCGAUGACAAAAGACUCUUUCUUUGUCGGAUUAAUGUGUCCCGAAAUUCUCGUCGGCAACUUAGAUUUGGAGAUCAGAAGGUUGUUCUAGUUGAGGGCCAUUAUUUGCCAUUUGUUCCACUUUGUAAUCGUAAUGAGUCAGUGUUCCUUGCUUCUUGCACACCAGUGGUCCUCCCAGAGACGAGAGAAAGUGUCGUCCAGGGCGCCACUAAUAUUUUUACCACCAUUCAUUCAAUGGAUAUGAAAUACCUUCAUAUCGAUAAAACUGCAGAGAGUCAUAUGGAAUAUAGUAGAUCUGAACUCGUUGGUGUUUCAUGGUACAACCUCCUCCAUUGGGAUUGCAUACGAACAGCAUAUUGCAAACACCAAACCGUUAUUCAGUCAGAUCAGGAGCGUUCAAGUACAGCAUUAUUGAGGCUACAAAAUCGUUCUGGAAGAUGGUUUUGGGUUCAUUGUGUUCUUCAAGUCAAAGACACUUCAGAAGAGUGCCAGCAUCCGAUUAUCGUUUGCACCAACCAAGUAUUAAGUGAAAAGGAAGCGGAAGUCAUGAGAGCAAGUACCUGGCUCUAUCAGUAUUCCUCCCAAUCAAAGUUCACCUACGGGGUUUGUCCACCAGGGCAAAACCAAUCAAUUCCCUACACUCAUCAUCACGAUUAUGCAAGACCCAAUUUGAUGCCCGAAACCGAUUCCUCCCCAUCUUACAUCAUCGAAGAAUCCUGGAAAGACAGACCUGUAAAAACAGAAGGAGAAUAUACAAUGCCAAAAUGCGGAAGACUGACCCAUGAAGAAGCAGAACCAGUGGACAUGUCCAUUAACAGUUCCUCCGAGCAUGAAAAUAGGCCCCUUCAUCCCCUUGCCCACUCCCUAAAUUUUAGCCCGAAACACCACAAAGGUCAAAAGUGCCUUUCUCACCCAGGAUACAGAACAAAAAUUCUACAAAUUCCUGGUCAAUUUUCGACUGGCGAUUCGAAUAAGUAUAACAUCAUCGACCUGGACAAAGGUCAUGUUGAAGGUUGCGACAGGAAUUACUCGCAAAAACGGUUGCUGGUUAAACCUUUGCCUCAGAUGAUGGAACCGACUGAUUCCGUGGAGCAGUGGAGCUCCAGUCCUUUGUGGUCUGAUACUCUCCAGAGGGUACCGGAUGUGGUUCAUCAGGACUUGAGUCCGUACAUCACUACCCCAACUACUCCGGCUGACACCCCCGAUUCGGAAUUGCAUUCUGAAGCACCGGUUUUUAAUUUCGACUGGGCUGGGGAACAGCACGUGCCAAAUCUGAAGAUAUUCCGCAACACUAAUCACGAAGUGAGAAAAAUUCAUGACGUACAGCCGAUAACUCUUCAUUUGCCGAAAAAGAAAAAUAAUACUGAGCAGUCAAGAGACUUUUCGAAAUGAAUAGCAGGCUUUAAUUUUUGGGGGAAUUUGGAACCCUCAAGACGGUUAAAAAUUUUUAAAAAAUUAAGAAAUUAUCUUUUGGAAUUUUUUGAAUCCUUGUGCGCCCACCUAGGAUACCCGGGGAUCCAUCAUAAAAAGAACUCAGUUUUGAGUGCAUUAUUUAAUUACU